AUGAGCAGCGAGGACCCUCGUCCAGAGGUGGCGCAGGAGGAGACGUCGCCAGAUGUCGCAGAAAGGUAUAUCAUGAUGGACAGACUCGGUGAGGGCACCUAUGGCACUGUCUACCGCGCUGAGACUAGGGCCGCACCCCACCAGGAGGUUGCCAUAAAGCGUAUCCGCGUGCUGCACGAGGAUGGUGUUCCGGCCGUGGCUCUCCGAGAGAUCGCCUUGCUAAAGACUCUGAAUCACGAAAAUGUGAUCAAGCUCCUGGACGUGUGCAACAGCUGGUCGAGCAUCUACUUGGUCUUUGAGUGUCUGGACAUGGACCUUCGUGCUUACCUCAAGCGCUUCGGCAAGCUUGAGGGUCAAGCGCUCAGGAAAUGCUCGUGGCAGUGCUUCCGGGGCAUCGAAUUCUGCCACAGCAACCGGGUGCUCCAUCGCGAUCUCAAGCCACAGAACGUGUUGGUGAAGCUGCGCUGGCCGCAAGCUCCACGUCUCGUGCUGGCCGAUUUUGGCCUCGCACGGGCGCUCAAUGUGCCACUGAAG